AUGGAUGUAAAGAGUGCUUUCCUAAAUGGAAAACUCGAUGAGGAAGUUUCUGUUGAGCAGCCACUUGGUUUUGAAGAUCUAGCCAAACCACACCAUAUAUAUGUAGAUGACAUCAGCUUUGGAUCCUCCAGCAGGAAACUUUGCACCAAGUUCAUCUCACUGAUGUCCUCUCACUUUGGGAUGAGCAUGAUGGGUGAGCUGACUUUCUUUCUUGGUUUACAAAUUUGCCAACUUCCUAAUGGCAUCUUUAUCAAUCUAGAGAAGUAUAUUCGUGACAUGCUAGCUAAAUUUGACAUGUCCAAUAUCACUCUUAAACCUACUCCUAUGUCUCCACCUAAUAAUCUCCAUGCUGAUCCUGAGGGCAAGCAUGUGAAUCCCACUCACUAUCGGGGAAUGAUUGGCUCGCUGAUGUAUCUCACAACAAGUCGUCCUGAUAUCAUGUUUGCCACUUGCCUGUGUGCAAGAUACCAAGCAUCUCCUAGGGAAUCUCACCUUCUAGUUGUCAAAAGAAUUUUUAAGUAUUUAAAAGGCACUUCCAUAUUGGGUCUUGGUAUCCCAUAG